UUGUCCCAACAGGAGCACAUUCUUGUGUGUGUGCGCGCAAGUAUGGAGAAGUCUACACUUUGUGCAUUGCUUUUAGCACUCGGUGCAUUUGUGCAAUUUAACACAGUUUUCACCCAGGAUUCUAAAAGCAAAUUAACAGGGAUUCUCCCAAAAGCGGGCCAAUGCCCUCGUCUACUUAAAGUGGUGCCAUCACAUAAAGGGUGUGCGUGUGAUGAAGACUGUCCCGAGGACCACAAGUGUUGCGUCUUUGACUGUGGAGCUGUCUGUGUCCCUCCUUCUUUCACUAAAGCGGGAGUGUGUCCUCGUAGAAACUGGGGCUUUGGGGUGUGCGCUGAGUUUUGCUCUGACGACAGUGACUGUCCCAAUGAGGACAAAUGCUGUCACAACGGAUGUGGACAUGAGUGCAUUGCACCUUACAAAGUGAAGCCAGGCCGCUGCGCGUUGCCCCAAGGAACUCCCAUGUGCGCAGAGUACUGCUACCAUGACGGCCAAUGUCCAGGGGAGCAGAAAUGCUGCAGGACAACCUGUGGUCACGCCUGCAGUGAGCCAUGCUGAGUGGACAACAAUCAACUUCAGUGCAGCAACAGAUGGAGCAAGGAGGAAAUGCAUUUUCUUUUUUUCUUUUUUUUCUUAAAAAUAUAUUGAGGUCGGUCCUCCAAUAACCAUCUGCCUCUAUAACGGUGGCCACGUAAUAAGGGUAUUUUAGAUUUGUAACAUUUUUUACAUUGCGCACGCAGCAUUUCCAGUGUGAUAUUUGUAAAAUAUUGAAUCCAUGUUAGAAAUUAGAAAUGUGUUGCAUGUUGCAUCACUAAGAAUUCAUUAGCAUAUGAUUAUACAUGUGUCUAUGAAGUCUGCUCUUUAAACAGCUUUAGACACAAGAGUCCUCUGUGUUUGUAUGGCCCACUGGAGAGUCUUUUCUCAGCUUAAAUAAAAUUGUCAUCUGGUCCCUUUAAAUGUAUUUCGUUCACCUGUCAUGCAGGAAGAAAAAAGUAAAAUGUUUUUGGUACUGUAUGGCUGGAUGAAAAAUAACUUAAUUGUGUGGUUAUCUGACUAUUCAUUCAACUGAAGAGUGGGGAAACAACACAUUCCAGCAGUUUGGAAAUCAGUCAAUGCAGUCUUUAAUUUAAUGUAAUAGUAAGAUCAAUUAGAGAAAAUGAUGAAAGCAGUUAAAAUGCAAUAAUGUUUUGGUUAAACUAUUUUAUACAGCCACCUGCGACUUAAUUAGCUACAUCUACACAAUAUUUAAAUAUACAAAUUCAAUGUUUUUAUGUGCAAUAAUGCUCACGUUUGACUGACACUGAAAGAUGUAGUAAUUGAAUAUAAUUAAGAAUAGUGAAUGUAAAAAAACAAUGUGGUUGCAUCAGGGGUAAAAACUGCCAAACACAUCAUGCAAGUGACACUGUAUGGCGACCCCGUAUUGGAUAAGCCCAAAGUCCCAACAAACACUGAGUGAAGUGAUACAUUUGUCAUGUAUGCUUUGAAAAAGGUACAGCUAAAGCCCUGAGAAGAUGCCAUUUCCUGUUAAGCUCGCACCCUGCGAACGGGCGCUCGGUCAGUACCUACCAUGUAGCACGACUGGCCAAAUAAAAGUAUCAAAUAUCAUCACCAUGAGUGCAAAAAAAUAAGUAAGAACUUGGUUAGUAUAGAGCCCCAGUUGUCGAUCAUAAUUAAGGCCUUGAUUUUCAAGAAUGCAUAUACAACAACAAUGCAAAGAAAACGUGAUCAAAAUGCUGUGGUGGGAGUUUUGUGUUGUUGGGGGAUUUUUCUAUGAAGGAACAUUGGUCGGUUGUAACUGCAAAUAAAGCAUGAACCUUUUGCUGCAGCAAACUAGUGUUGUGAUAAAGUAUUGGCCCUCUUCUUAAGUUAUUUUAUUUUUGUUUAGUUUCCCUGCUUUAAUGUUUAAGAUUAUCAAACAAAUGCAACUAGACAAACAUAACCCAAGUGAACUUAAAAUGCUGUUUUUAAAUGGUGGUAUUUAUUGAGGGACAAUUCAAAGUUACCUGGACCUGUGUGAAAAGUUGAAUCAUGAAUUAAUUGUGGCAAAUUACAAUUUUUGGUUAAUUUUCACUGAUCAUAUCUACGCCUGAUUACCUCCAGACCUGUUAAAUCAAGAAAUCUCUUAGAACAGAAUCGGUCUGACAAAAGAUCUUUAAAAAAUAAAAUAAAAAUAAUAAUAAUAAUAAUAAUAAUAAUAAUCUGAAAAAAAAAAAAAAAAAAGACACAAUCCAAAGAAAUUCCAAAACAGUUGAGAAAAUAAAAUAUUGACCUGGAAAGGGUUACAAAAGCCAUUUCGAAAGCUUUAGUUUUCCAGCGAACCAUAGAUAGUGCCAUUAUCCUCACAUGGAGAAAACAUGGAAAAGUGGUGAACCUUCCCAGGAGUGGCCAGGCUAUAACGAUUACCUCAAGAGAACAGCAAUGACUCAUCCAGGAAGCCACGAAGGAACUCAGGACAACUUCUAAAAACUGCAGGGCUCCCUUGCCUCAGUUAAGCUCAGGGUUCAUGACACAACAAUAAGGAAGAGACUGGGCAAAAAUGGCAUCCAUUGUACAGUUCCGGCGAAAACCA